AUGUCAAAUAAUAAGAGUAAAUUAUCAGAAGAAAGGUUGAUAUAUCAAAGAAAAGAUUUGCUACAAGCACAAUUAACAAAUGAGGGUAUUUCAAUAUCUGAACAAUCUUUAAUCCAAGAAAAUUCUCAAUCUUCAUACUGCUGCUUUUCUAACAAUUCAAAUAUAAGUACAACAGUUUCCUACUUUAUUCCGUUUAAAAAUAUAUUAUAUACUAGAUUUGCAGAUUUGGAAAAUGAUGAUAAUGAGAUAAUUUUAACUUAUGUCAAACCUAUAUCUGAUUUGAAUCAAAAACAAAAUCUACAAAUUCAAGAUAUAAAUAUUCAAAUACUUAAUGAUAUUUCACCUUCUCAGACUUCGCUAACAGAUUAUAUAUUACAAAAAGCAUAUCCAAAUAACUUUAUUCACCCAUCAAUACUCAUUUUAAUAAAUCCUCACGGUGGUCAAGGAAAAGCGAAAACCAUUUAUAAUGAACAAAUAUUGCCUGUUUUAAAAGCUGCUGACGUAAAUAUCACAUAUUGUGAGACGGAAUAUUCUGAACAUGCAACUGAUAUUGCUAAGGAUCUUGAUGUUUCAAAAUUUGACAUUGUUGCGUGCUGUUCUGGUGAUGGUAUACCACAUGAAGUUAUAAACGGGUUCUAUAACAAACCAGAUAUGGGAGUUGAAGCAUUUAAUAAAAUUGCAGUUACUCAAUUACCUUGCGGGUCAGGAAAUGCAUUAAGUUUAAGUACUCAUGGAUCAAACAAUGCAAGUAUUGCAACAUGGCAAAUGCUCAAGGCUAAGAAGACCAAAAUUGAUCUAAUGGCAGUUACGCAAGAAAUUAAGAAUGAACAAGUUACUAAGUUAUCAUUUUUAAGUCAAUGUUAUGGUAUGAUUGCUGAUUCAGAUAUUGGAACUGAACAUCUAAGAUGGUUAGGACCAAUUAGAUUUGAUUUGGGAGUUGUUCAUAAAGUUUAUACUGGUGCAGAGUAUCCAUGUGAAGUAUAUGUUAAAUAUUAUACACAAGAUAAAUCAGCUAUAAGAAGUCAUGUAAAUGAACAUUUAAGAAAAGAGAUAUCAAAAGAACAUGCAGUUACUAAGGAGGACUUAAAUACAUCUGGUCCUAAUUUAAGUGAUUCAAUUCCUAAUGACUGGGAUAAAUUACCAAAUGAAAUCACAUCAAAAUUAAACAUUUUCUAUGUUGGUAAAAUGCCUUAUGUUUCUUCAGAUACACAAUUUUUCCCUGCAGCAUUACCAAAUGAUGGAUUCAUGGAUUUGAUAAUAACAGAUACAAAUACAUCAAAGUUAGAUCAAACUUCAAUCUUGUUAUCUGUAAGUAAAGGUGAACAUAUUAAUAAUGCAAAAGUCCUACAUGCAAAAAUUACAAAUUAUAGAUUAAUUCCUAAAAUUGAUGCCAAAAAUCAUUAUAUUUCAAUUGAUGGUGAAAAUUUUCCAUUCAAACCAUUACAAGUAGAAGUACUACCAAAGAUACUAACUGGUUUAUUACAAGAUGGCAAAUUUACCGAUACGCAUUUAACUAAAAAUAUAUAA